CUCUUCCUCCCGUUUCUCUUUCCAGAGUCAGAGAGCGCUCCGACAUGAACGGCCACUGCAACGGAAAGGUCAACGACGCCGUGGAGGAGUUCCACUGCAACAACGGCUUCAGCAACCUCAUCAUAGACACCAAGACGGCCGCCGUGCACCGUAAGCACGAGACGUCCCGCAAGGAGGCCGAGGACAAGUCCCGCUUACCUCCUCUCGAGGCCGCCUACACCAGCAUCCUACGGGAGCUCGGCGAGGACACGGACCGGCAGGGGCUGCUGCGCACGCCGUUGCGCGCCGCUAAGGCCAUGCAGUUCCUCACCAAGGGUUACCAUGAGACCAUCGACGACAUCUUAAAUGAUGCCAUAUUUGAUGAAGACCAUAAUGAGAUGGUGAUUGUGAAAGACAUAGAUAUGUUUUCACUCUGUGAGCAUCACCUGGUACCCUUUUUCGGGAGGGUUCACAUUGGAUAUAUCCCCAACAAAAAAGUGGUGGGACUGAGCAAGCUGGCAAGGAUUGUUGAGAUUUUCAGUCGCAGGCUUCAAGUUCAAGAGCGUCUGACCAAGCAGAUUGCCAUGGGAAUAUCUGAGGCUCUUCAGCCGAAAGGCGUAGCUGUGGUUAUUGAAGCAGCGCACAUGUGCAUGGUAAUGCGUGGCGUCCAGAAGAUGAACAGCCGCACAGUGACGAGCACCAUGCUGGGAGUUUACCUAGAGGACCCCAAAACCCGGGAGGAGUUCCUGACUCUUUCACAGCACACCUAACAAAUGUUAUACAUACCAUUCACUCCCGAGCCUCUGUAUACAGUCGCACAUGGCAAGUUCUGGAGUAGCUGUGGAUCUGCAUCUGACUUAACUUUAAAGAAAAUGACGAAGCAGUAGCACGAAAAGUUAAGCUGAUUUUUAAUGCAGGAUCCAAGCCAACUCUGGAGCUCAC